UCUAUCAACAUGGGAUCACUGCUUCUCGCCACUCUCGCUGUUGCUGUUGUCGCGGGUAGUGCUCUCAACUCACCCAUUCAUGGAAGUGCUGAGGAUUCGUUUGACUAUCCGGCAGUUAGGCCACCGCCAGGACUCCAGUGCGACGCCUCGGAUUCCGCCUGCAUCGCAGCCUUGCUCGAACAGGUGCCAGAGAAGAAGUCCUCCAGAGACGACAAGUUCAAUUUCCUAUCGCUCAUCACAGGCAAGGAUGUCGCCGGGAAGGAGAUGGAGAAACGCAAAGACUACACAGAGACUGAAUUCAAAUCCCACUAUCUGCCUUCGUGCGCUUGCCAGACCAAAUACGACGUAAUUGACAUGGGCUUCAACAGCUUCCCGCGGUAUCUCAUGAAUGCAGUGUGCCUGAAUCGCGAGGACAGCUCCCGGAAGUGCUGGCGCGGUUCGCGCUGCAAAGAGGUGCCCUUCAAGGUGCACAUCCUCACGCACCGCACCAACCAGAACACCCUCAGCGAUGAGCGCUUCGACGAUGACGCAGCCACUUCUUCCCUGCUUCCGGAAUCUCUGCGCUCGUUGUGGCGCGUGAGGAUCUACUGGAUAGCGGCCACGUGCCAAUGUGCACAGUAAAUGAAAUCCUGACUCAAUACACGAUUCCAUAAGAUC